AUGAGCUUUACUCGCGCAAUUUCAACCAGCCUUGGCGGCACGAUUCCAGCCGCCAAGGCCAAGUACGUACCCACGUCUGGCACCUACCCCAAGGGGUUUUCCGCCGCCGGCAUAUUCUGCGGUGUCAAGCCUGGCAACACAAGCAAGCCCGACAUCGCGCUGGUGACUUCAGACCGAGACUGCUCUGCAGCUGCCGUCUUUACCAAGAACAAGUUCCAGGCGGCUCCCGUGACCUUUAGCCGCAAACUCCUCCAGAGCAAAGCCAACGCUGGCGUCCGCAGCGUCAUUGUCAACUCGGGCAAUGCCAACGCCGUGACCGGCAUCGGCGGCCUUCGAGAUGCCGCCCAGAUGGCCGAGGCGACCGAUCAGCGGGUUGGGAGCAAAAGCUCAACCAUUGUCAUGAGCACCGGAGUCAUCGGUCAGAGGCUACCCAUCGCAAAGAUCCUCCAUCACAUCCCCAUGGCGGUGCAACAAGCUGGGCACCAUCACAGCGACUGGAUGAGCUGCGCCAAGGCCAUCUGCACCACGGAUACAUUUCCCAAGCUCAUGUCCCGGGCGUUCCGCCUUCCCUCGUCGCCAGGCGUGGAGUAUCGGAUUGCCGGCAUGACCAAGGGCGCCGGCAUGCUGGCGCCAAACAUGGCGACGCUGCUAACCAUCUUGGCCACCGAUGCCCCGAUUGCUCCCGCCGUGAUGAAAAACCUUCUUGGGCACGCCGUGGACCGCUCAUUCAACUCCAUUACCGUGGACGGAGAUACGUCCACCAACGAUACUGUGGCUCUUUUGGCCAACGGCGCCGCUGGCGGCAAGCAAGUCUCGUCGGAACAGUCGCCAGACUACGAUGCGUUGCAGACCGUGUUAACCGACUUUGCCACCGACUUGGCCAAGUACAUUGUGCGCGACGGCGAGGGGGCCACAAAGUUCGUCACCAUUCGCGUCGUGGACGGCGCUUCUGAAGAAUCCGCCCGCCAGGUCGCCCGGUCUAUUGCCCUCUCGCCGCUCGUCAAAACCGCGCUGUACGGCAAGGAUGCCAACUGGGGGCGUAUCCUGUGCGCUGCUGGCUAUGCUCUCAUCUCGAAACCUGGCCAGCCGAUCAGCGAUGUGCCCGAGAUUGUGCCCGAGAAGACCCACGUCUCGUUUGUCCCCACGGAUGGGUCCAAGGAGCUCAAGCUGUUGGUGAAUGGCGAGCCCGAGCAAGUGGACGAGGAGCGUGCCAGCGAGAUUCUCGAAAUGGAAGACCUGGAGAUUCUGGUGAAGCUCGGCACGGGCGACAAAGCUGCAGUUCACUGGACGUGCGAUUUCAGCCACGACUACGUCACCAUCAACGGCGACUACCGUACGUGA